AUGCAAUUUAUGUUACUAUUUAGUCGUCAAGGUAAAUUGCGGUUACAAAAAUGGUAUGUAGCACAUCCAGAUAAACUCAAGAAAAAAAUAACACGGGAAUUAAUAACGACAAUACUUGCCCGAAAACCUAAAAUGUCUAGUUUUCUUGAAUGGAAGGAUGUUAAAGUUGUUUAUAAAAGAUAUGCAAGUUUGUACUUCUGCUGUGCUAUUGAACAAAAUGACAAUGAACUAUUAACAUUAGAAAUUAUCCACAGAUACGUCGAAUUGUUGGAUAAAUAUUUUGGAAGUGUAUGUGAAUUGGAUAUUAUUUUCAAUUUCGAAAAAGCCUAUUUCAUCCUAGACGAGCUGUUGGUCGGAGGUGAAAUACAGGAAACCAGUAAAAAAAAUGUAUUAAAGGCUAUAGCAGCACAGGAUUUACUGCAGGAGGAGGAAACACCUCAAGGAUUUUUCGAAGAUCAUGGACUCGGAUAAUUGA